AUGGGGUCGCGAUCUGAUUAUAUUGGUUGUUUUGGUUGCCGACGGGCAAAUUUUGCUGUGGGUGAUUAUUUAUCUGGGGAAAGGGUAUACUAUGUCGCUGCCCUAAAUAUAAAUCCAGCAUCGAAACGUAGAGCACAUCAUCUAUCAACUGAGGCGAGAAGACGUAUUCCCGCAGAAAACGACAUGAUGUUGAACUCAACGAUAGAAUAUGUAACAUUGUGGAUAAAUUGA